AUGUAUUUCUUCAUGAGCGUAAGCAAAGACAAGAAUAGCGAAGAGCACAAAAUAACUACAGAGACCAGUAAAGAAUACCCAGAACCAUGGUCCAUCGCUGGUGCCUGUGCUGGAGCAAAAUCUGAUGCUGGCGCCGGAGCAAAAUCUUGUGCCGCCGCUAUGGCGGAGAGGACUGCAAUGACACAGAGCAUAGCACAAGUGAAUGUGGCUCCUAGCCCCAUUGCAGACAUAUUUGCAAAGGAGAGCGAGAAUAGGAUUUUCUGCAGAGAGAAAGCAAGAAGAACUGAGAGAGUGGUGGCGGUGAUUUGGAGAGGGGGGGAAGAUAGGUAUUUAUAG